UUAGUUUAGGUCAGUCAGGUUGUGUGUUGGUGUCGUGGGUCGAGUGAAGAAUCAAGAAACAGGUGUGGUCAGAGUUCCACUGUUGCGAUGUUGUUCAAUAAUCCUUUAGAAAUACCUGUAAUUCUGUUCGCGCGAAUGGAAUAAGUGAUGCAGUUAGUCAUCGGUAGUUUCGAGAGCAUUUAAUUCGCUAUUAGUUCUGGAAGUUUCUCAUUUUGCUAAUGUGUAACAAUUUCAAUACAAUCUUGAAGCAUUCCAGAGGAAAGGGUGAAUUUUAGACAAGAAUAUUUUAUUUCUAACCUGGAAUUUUCUUGUAGAAAAUAUAUAUGUCAAAAUGGUGGAAUACAGACGUUCAGAGGGUAAACAAAGGAGUCUAGCUGGUAACGUAGGUCUUGGUUUCUUCGCCUUCUCCUUUAUCUUGAUAUUCAUUGCCUUUUGUACAACAAGCUGGCUUGUUUCUGACAGAAGAAUAACAGGAGCUAACCUGAACCGUCUGGGACUUUGGACACAUUGUUUCAGAUCAAUAAAAAAUCCAUAUAGAGAUCAAUUUUUUGUUGGAUGCAGAUGGCUUUUUGACCCCUUCACAUCAGGUUAUGAUGAGUUACGUGGAUUCUUGGAACCUGGCUUUAUGAUUACAACCCAAAUCUUCUUCACAUUAUGUUUCAUUGCAGCUUUGGUGUGUGCGAUAUUGAGUUUAUUAUAUUUUUUGUGCUGUGGACCAGAGCAAGAGCAGUUCACUACAUUAGUACAGUUGAAUGCAUACAUUCUACUGGCUGGAGGUUUGAGUGGAGGUAUUGCAGUAAUAGUUUUUGCAAUAUUUGGCAAUACAAAUGGUUGGAUGCCAGGACAUGACAAUAAUUUUUUUGGUUAUUCCUUUGUUUUGGCUUGUGUAGGGACUGUCGCAAUGUUGGUUGCUUCAUUUCUAUUUCUCACCGACCUAUAUAUUCAUCAGAAAAAAAGGAAGGAGCUGAAAGAAUCUCAAGCUAGGUUCAAUUUGGAAUCAAGAGGGUAGGUUUGGCACAACCUAUAUCAUAAUGCCGUCCAUAUGUACAAAUGAAAGUUAGUUUGUAAUUAGUUUUUUGAGAUGAUGUUUUAUAGAUAUUUAUAUUUUCAAUGAAUUUUAGAAUUUUCCAUAAUAGCACAAUUGACUUUCCCAAUUUUCUGAAGAAAACAUAGUAUUGAUGGUAUUAUUUACAUAUAUGCUUCCGUAUGGAGGGCUUCAUAUUAUGCUGCUGUUAAAAUGAGUACCUACAUACUUAUAUAUUGAACAAUCAAAAUAUAUUGAAUAUGGAAUGACAUUAGUAUCAUGCCAUGAAUGUUGAAAAAUCUGUAUGUAGCAUAUCAAAAAAUAUGUAAUAGUUUCCUUAGUAUUUUGAAGAAUUUUCCAGAUCCUAUGAUUUUCUUGAACAUUUAUUUCCAUUCCAUCCUACUCUUGAAAAGAUAAGUACUUCAUAUAUUUAAUUGAAGAAAAAACAUUGAUGAAAACUGCUUUUCUACUAUGAAUUUUUGGGUAUUUUAAAUGUGUUCUUUUAUAGGAAACAAGUAUUUUGUGAAAUCAAUUGAAAUAUCUGAUAACUUAUUGAAAUUGUAAGUGAUAAAAUCAUUCCGUCCUCUACUUGAAAAUUCUGACAAUUUUUAUACACUAUUUUAUACGAAACAAGUAUUUUGUGGAAGUAACUGAAAUAUUUUACUCUCUGUUAAUUAUUAUUUUGUAAUUUUGAAUAAAAUAAAUAUUCUACAUAAUGUUUUCUUGAUAA